CGGGGCGGAGGGAAGGGCAGCGGCUCCCCCCCCGCGGCUCGGCACCCGCCCGCCCGCCCGCCGGCCCCCGCGGCGGAGGAUGGCCGAGGACUCGCCCAAGCGGCGCAAAGCGAAUUUCAACGAGGCGGAGACGGAGGUGCUGAUCGAGCAGGUGCUGAAGCACGAGCAGCUGCUGUUCGCGGCGGGACCCGGCCGCGCAUCCCCGGGACAGAAGCGGAAGGUGUGGGAGCUGAUCCGCCACAAGGUGAACCCAGUGGCCGCCUGCCCCCGCGACGUGGAGGACCUGAAGAAGCGCUGGCGGGACCUGAAGCGCCGCGACCGCAGCAAGCUGUGCCGCCUGUCACAGGGCUGCGGGCCGGCCGGCCCCCUCCUCGGCCUUCUCCUGGCCCCCGAGGAGCUGCCGCCCGCCCGCCGCCAGCGCCGCUAUGGCUCCCUGCUGCCCACUGAGGCCGUGCCCAUCGUGGGCGGCAUCGACACGCUGGAGCUGCCCGGCGCCGUCGUGGGGGACAUGGGGUUUAAUGGCAAUCCUGGCCCAUCUCAUCAAUCCAGUCUUGAGAAGAUGAACCUCAAAGAAGAAAUAGUAGUGAAGGUGGUAGAGCCAGAAGAAAGCUCUGAGGACAUGGUUGUGGUUUCACCUAGUCAAGAAGAACUGCCUUUUCUGGGGACGUCAGGCGGUAGUUCCUCUGGGAAAGGAAAAGCCAAAACAAAAGGCAGGUCCCAGGCAGACCAAAAUGAAAUAACUGAAGAAGACUUACUGCAGAUUCAGCAGACCCAGAUGCAGGUGAUCCAGUCUGGCUUUGACAGUGUCAACCACAAUCUUCGGCUGCUGCAGCAAGGCAUGCAGGAUCUGAGUAACAGCAUCAGCAUCAUGGCGCAUACGCUUGUUGCUAUCAAAAAUGUCUAUGUGAAAAACAACACUGGCCCGACCACGCAGGCCACUGCCUCUACUCAGACCACAGCUGGGUACCUGAGCCCAGGUUCCCCCCAGAUCUCCCCUGCUGAGGACAGAGGUAGAGUGCAGGUGGCUGGAAGCAGCAGCAGAAGCAGCAGCUGCAGCUCCAGCUCCAUGUCACAAGAACCAGGUCCCUCCGAGUUUCCUAGGCCCCCCGUGAGAACCAUUAAGAAAGAACAUCCAAAUGGCUGCUACUACUUCUGCUUUGCAGAUGUGUAAAAACUUGAAUAUAUGUAAAGUGACUGUGAUGUUAGGUGCUGUUGUACGUUCUGCUCUGGUCUGUGACUUUGAAGGAGCACAGUGGACUUGCCUCCCAUGUUUUCCCAGUGGGAAACAUUUUCGCUAUAGGUGGCAUUAAACACUAAUUACCAGUCUCCUGUUUGUGAACUCUGUUGCAGUGGGCUAAUAAUGUUCUCUCUUUUCUUUUUCCUCUUACUCUCUUAAAAAAACAAACAUUUAUUUUGAGUAAGACUUUUGUCUGUAUCAUUCUUUGUUUCAUGUCACCUUUUGAAAAAUAAAAGGCAUGAGAGUGGGGUAAAAAAAGUAACAUUACGGUUGCUGAGCACCAGGAGCUGUCUUACACAAGUUGCUUAGUUCUUUGAUUAAACAAACCUCAGAAGUAGUUGGUUUUUUAAGUACUUCCCUUUGCUAAUAAUUAUAAAGUUGUGGUUGUUUGCUUGGCUCCUGUAUUUUUUUAAAUCUGAGCUGUGCAAGGCAUCACAGUAAGAGUUUGAGAUACCUGCUUAUUCUAGGAAUGAUUUAGGUUGAGGACUGAGCUGUUGAUUCAUGAAUCUAAUCCUCAGAAUUCAUACAGCAUUACUCCACUUGCCUAUUGUUCAUUCUCAGCUUGUUAAAUGCACCUUCUCCCAAGAGACAUUUCAUUUUACUGCACUAGCAGGGUAGUCUUGUUUUUUGUUACAUGAUUAAAAUAGAGAAAUAC